AUGUCUCGCUUACUCUCUGGCGCUCUUGCGUUACUUUUCUCUUCGACGGCCCUCGGGCACGGCGGGGUCUGGAACUACUCCAUCGCAGGAGAUUGGCAGCCCGGAUUCUUCCCCUACUACCCAGCCGAAGGCCAAUCCUCCAUCCAACGCCACUGGAUCGACUUCGGCCCCAUCACCGACCUCGCCUCCCCCUCCCUAAUCUGCAACAACCCGGGCACCUCCGCCGAAGAAUACGCCACCGUCGCAGCCGGCGCCCAAAUCGAAGCCUACUACCGCGGCUGGCCGCACGACAUCGGGGCCGUGAUCGUAUGGAUGGCCUACUGCGGAGCCGAGCCGGCUUCGUGCGCCGAGUUCGACGGCACCGACGGUGCGCGCUGGUUCAAAAUUGACCAGGCUGGUUUAUUGUCGGGGACGAUGCUGGACGGGGUGUGGGCGCAGGGAGAUAUGGUUGCGAAUCGGAAUUACACGUGGAGUGUGACUAUUCCGGAGAGGUUGCAGCAGGGGGCGUAUUUGCUGCGGCAUGAACUGCUUGCGCUGCAUGUGCCGUUGACGCCGGAGUUUUAUCCGGAGUGUGCGCACUUGUAUGUUACGGGGACGGGGGAUGAGUUGCCUGGGGAGGACUACCUUGCGGCUAUCCCGGGGGUGUGGGAGCAGGAUGACCCCGAAUUGCACCUUUCCAUCUACGAAGAACCAAGCUCGAGCAGAACAGACUGGGAGAUUCCUGGGCCGGCCGUUUGGAGGGGAUCAAGGAACUGA